AUGCGGAGAUCCAGCUGCGGCUGCCCCCGUGCCUCGCUCCGUGUCCACCCCGGCCGCGCCGAGCCCCACGCCAAGGAGGAGGCGACGCGGCGGUUCCAGAUCCUGGGCAAGGCCUACGCCGCCCUCAGCGAGGCGGAGCAGCGCGCCCUGUACGGUGAGCAGGGCACGGUGGAGGAGGAGGGCGAGGUGCUGAGGGGCGAGCGGGACUGGCAAGAGUACUGGCGGCUGGUCUUCAAGAAGGCAGAAAAAGAAGCUAGAGAGGCAGAAGAGACUAAAGCUGAACUGGGACUUGGUGGAGAAGAUGAUUUGAAAGCGCUGAUUCAAGCAGAAAAAGAAGCUAGAGAGGCAGAAGAGACUAAAGCUGAACUGGGACUUGGUGGAGAAGAUGAUUUGAAAGCGCUGAUUCAAAGCAGAAGUAAAGAUCGAAAAAGGGAAAUGGAUGACUUUUUGGCCCAACUGGAAUCAAAAUACAGGAAAAAUGCUAAAAAAGGAGAAAAGACGACUGCAGCCAAGAAAGGAAAGAAAUAAAGAACUGUGUAGGCUGAGAUAGCAGGUAUCAUUUUGUACGGGAUCACGUGGAUUUGGGAGAAUUUCAGAGUUUUUCUGGGCUACUGUUUCAGAGUGUGUGCAUCAGUUUGCUGUGACUGGGAGGUAGGAUACAGAAUGCAUCAUGAACAAGACAAAGCAUUCUGGUGCUACUCUUUAAAAAUCCUUUGGGUGUUCUUCGGUUAAGAUCAAACAGAUUCCUGAGUAAAAGUUGUUACAGUAAGGAAGCAGUGUGAGGUUUGGGACCAUGGUGCGUUUAUUAAACUUCUUUGGAAGCACCUUCCUUCCAAACACCUAAUAGAUAUUGGUACAGUUGAUGGUAAAACGGUGUAACCCCUCACCUUUGAGAGUCUUCAGUGGCGAUUCCUGCGGUU